AUGGCGCGCUUCUCUACAAAGCGGACUUUGGAGGAGAUCGCCAACAAGUCAGACUCCAACGACUCCGACUACAGCGACCACCCGGUUCGGUCAUCCAGACGCUCUGGUUCAAAGACUAAAAGCAGCAAAAAGUCGAAGCCGCAGAGCAAACGGCGCCGCCGAAACUCCGACGAUGAUAUUCUUGAUUCCGAAGAUGAACUCCAGAGCGAAGCCGACGAGCUGUCAUACGAAGGGUCUGAAGAAGACGAGGACGCCGCCAAUGUAGAGCGGAAUGCAAGGGGUAUAGCACGUCGAAAAGUGGUGCGGAAUCGUCCAGUCUAUAAAGAGGACUCGGACAACGAUCAGGAAGAAGAGACUGAAGAUAAGAACGACGAGGAUGAGGAAGGAGAGGAGAAGGUCACGACUUCAAAACCUCAUAGAAGGACUCGGAGUAAUGUGAUCACACUGAAAAUAGGGAAGCCUUUGAAGGAGGAACCAAUAUCCGAUAUGAACCGAGAAAAUAGGCGCAUUACCCGACAUACUCGUGAUCAAUCAGAAGACAUUUACGCCUUGACGAAUUCUGGCCGACAUGUGGAAACCGUGGAACAGGGUGUAGCCAACCCGGACAGCACGAGACCCGGAACACGAUAUGGAGCCAAGACUGUUGGCACCAAGGAAACGAUCGAAGAGGAGGAAGAGUCUUCAAAUCGAGAUGUAAAGGUUUCCCAACUCGAAGUGUUGGAGAGUGACCCUCAAGGUGACUUUGAGGAAGGCUUAUCUGCUGACAAAGAUGCUGCCGAUGUUGACGUUGAAAUGGCCGAUGGAGUUAUUCCCGAGUCUGAGGCCGGGUCCGCGAACGAAGAAGACGAAGACAACGACGAUGAAGAAGACGAAGGGCCGACAUCACGAAGACGGAACCGACCUAGUCAGAAAUCUGCAGACAAUGCGGACGCUGAAGAUGAUACAGGACGAGAGUCUCGAAAGAAACCCGCGCAACGUAAGCAAGACGAGGGUAGUGAUUUCGAACCCGGUGAAGAGGAUUCUGACGACGAUGUGUCAGCGUCAGAACGAUCUAAUGCGUCGCCUCACAAAGGAGAAACUACCGCCCAAGACGACGAAAGCAGCAACGGGAGGCGUUCCGGACUUCGCAGUCGGAUGUCACAAUCGCGUGGAACAGGCGAUCCCGAUGAGUUUAAUCCUGAAGCUGAGGAGCUCGCCGAGGAACUUGAAGAUCUACAGCCCAUGCGACGACGAAGGAGGAACCAAGAAGCUAUCAUUUACGAGAACAAACCUCGUCGUAACAGGAAGGAUGUCGACUACCGUCUUAUUCGGCCUGAUUUGGUUCUUCCAAUUGAGGAAGCAGACUCUGAGCCUACGGAAUCCCCUUCACGUCGCGGACGAGGCGGUGGAGGCAGCACCUGGCAGCGCACGCUCUUUUCAACGUCAGGACCGUUUGGUGGUGGUGGCCCUGGUGCCAUUCUCGGACCGCCUGGCGCGAGUGCCAAUAUCGAUAGUGACAGCAGUGACGACGAAACCAUGCAGGUGAAAGGUGUCCCUGCAGCCCAAGGAUUGCCAUCAUUGGCCCCUGGAGCCGUGGGACUCAACUCAGCCCAGCCUCAUGGCGCAGAUGCUGCUGCACCAGGUCUUUCAGGGACACCGGCAAACUUCGGCAAAAUCAAAGAUAAGCAAGCAUUGGCCGACGCCGACCCCUUGGGGAUUGAUCCCAAUGUCAAUUUUGAUAGCGUUGGAGGUCUAAAAGGUCAUAUCGAUCAGCUCAAAGAGAUGGUGGCAUUGCCGCUGCUGUAUCCGGAAAUCUUCCACCGUUUUCAUAUCGUUCCGCCACGAGGUGUCUUGUUCCAUGGACCUCCUGGCACUGGAAAAACACUGAUGGCACGUGCUUUGGCAUCUAGCGUGAGCUCAGAAGGACGCAAGGUCACAUUCUAUAUGCGAAAAGGUGCUGAUGCCUUGAGUAAAUGGGUCGGCGAAGCCGAGAGGCAGCUCCGGUUACUCUUUGAAGAAGCGCGAAAGACACAACCUAGUAUCAUCUUCUUCGAUGAGAUCGAUGGUCUCGCACCCGUCAGAUCCAGCAAACAAGAGCAGAUUCAUGCCUCUAUCGUGUCGACUUUGUUGGCUCUCAUGGAUGGUAUGGAUGGAAGGGGUCAAGUCAUAGUUAUUGGCGCCACGAAUCGACCGGACUCUAUAGAUCCCGCUCUUCGCCGUCCAGGUCGUUUUGAUCGCGAAUUCUAUUUUCCCCUGCCCAACAAAGAUGGUCGACGUGCCAUCUUGGAUAUUCAAACCAAAGGCUGGGAGCCACCGCUGCCAGGUCCUAUCAAGGAUGAACUAGCCGAGUUGACCAAAGGCUACGGCGGUGCGGACUUGCGAGCUUUGUGUACUGAAUCUGCCCUCAAUGCUGUGCAAAGACGAUACCCACAAAUCUACAAGUCCAGUGAGAAAUUGCUGAUUGAUCCAAAGACUAUUGAAGUGACGCCAAAAGACUUUAUGAUUUCUAUAAAGAAGAUGGUACCAUCUUCUGAGAGAUCUACAUCAUCCGGGGCUACACCACUGCCCAAGACGGUGGAGCCAUUAUUGCGCCAUCCAUUUGCAGAGAUCACAGAUAUUCUUGCCAAUAUUCUUCCACAGCCGAAACGCUUAACGGCCUUGGAAGAGGCAGAAUAUGAAGAGCCCGAAGGUGGCGGGGGUUUCAGGAGAGAGCAAAUGCAACAAGAGUUUGAAACUUCUCGUAUAUUCAGGCCUCGACUGCUCAUUCGUGGUUCUUUAGGAAUGGGGCAACAGUAUCUCGCUGGAGCUGUUCUCCAUCACUUUGAAGGCCUCCAUGUGCAGUCAUUCGAUCUCCCCACUCUUUUGAGCGAUUCCACUAGGUCUCCAGAAGCCACUGUCGUUCAACUAUUUGCCGAAGUCAAGCGUCACAAACCAAGCGUGAUCUAUAUACCAAAUGUACAGACAUGGUUUGAGACAGUUGGCCACGCUGUAAUAUCGACAUUUCUCGGUCUCAUUCGCUCUAUUCCGCCCACAGACCCGGUGUUGCUUCUUGGGGUUAUGGAAGAAGACACAGAGCCACUGGAUGCAGCGAUGCUCAAAGGGCUCUUUGGCUAUUCCCAGAGAAAUCUUUAUGCCCUGCAACCACCAACUCAGCAAGCACGACACGAGUUUUUCGGUAAAGUCAUUGACUAUGUGAAGACAUCGCCGCAAGACUUUCCGGAUCCAGAGAACCGCAAGAGAAGAAAGUUGGAGACGUUAGAAGUUGCACCGGCCCUUCCGUCGAACGUUACUGAAAGCACUUUGACCAAAGAACAGCAAAAGGCCCAGAAAAGAAAAGAUCGCCAGACCUUGAAUCUGCUCAAAAUACGCAUCCAGCCUAUUAUGGACCAGAUCAAGAAGUACAAACGCUUCAGAGCUGGUGUGGUGGACGACUCCCAGAUUCGCUACCUCUUCGAGGAAGCAGAUCCUUCAAUUCUAACCAGCGAUCUACCAAUGGAGCAGCGACAGGCGUUCCGGCCUUUUGAAAAGGACGUUGAUAAAAAUGGAGUUCCUGGAUUGAAAGAAGUUGCUUCCGGCAGGUUUUUCUACAACCUGGAAAUCGUCACUAUUGAGAAGCGUCUUUCCAAUGGUUACUACAAACGGCCUAAGGAUUUCCUCGCUGACAUUAAGAGGAUUGCAAAGGACGCACGGGCCCUGGGAGACCAAGAGCGGCUGCUACGGGCGAAUGAACUUCUGACGAAUGUAGAAGUUGACAUUGGUGGUAUAGAACAAAGCGACCCGGCUUUGGUUGCCGAAUGCGAAGGCGUGUAUACUCGUGAAGUAGAGCGAGAAAAAGCAGCGUUGGAGCGUGCCAAGAAGGCGGAGGCAUCGGGAGACAUGGCGCCUCCUGCCCAGACCAAUGUGCCACAUGGGAAUACCGAUUCGAAUGCAUCAUCUUCUGGCCCGGUUGUUCUGGGCCAGCCUUUUGUCAACGGAGCCAGACCUGUGACUCCUAGGCCUACGAGCAAUGGGAACCAUGGUGCGGGUGGCUCUGAUCUCAACGAAGGCGCAGCCCACGCUUCAAACAGUAACGAGGCAUCGAAUGCCUCACGCGUUGAAGACGGGGAUACGUUAAUGACGAACUCCGAUGAGACAGACUACACUGGGCGUGUCACUGCUAAUAGCUCUUUUGGCCCCUCGGCCCAACCCAAGCAUCCCUUGUCAAAUACAGCACCUUCUCAGCAGAUCCGGCGAGAGUCUGGUAUUUCCAGUCUAUCACAGAGGGGCCCACUGACUCCCAUGGCUCCUGGAUCCCAGCCGGGCGAUUACACGAAUGAUGCCUCGACAACGCAAACUACAUCCGACAAAAAGACAUCAGACCAGUCCACAGGACCGCAGUUUAACACGCAGAGUCCUGUGGCAGGAAGCGGCCCACGGGUUGAUUAUCCUGAUUUGACUUCAUACCCUGACCGAAUCUCCCAGGAGGAGCAUCUUCCUGACACUCAACAAGAAAUGCCUUAUUCUCAAAACAGCCAUCCGAAUGGUAGCCAACGAUACUCCCAAAACAACGCACAGUACCGUCCUGUUUCUGCUUCUGAUGCUGCCGCCAGGCAUUCGCAGCCAUCAAAUAUCAAAUCUCUCUUGAAUAACGAGGACCGAAACCCACGGGUUGAAGUUGACCAUGCGUACAUCAACCAGCUUCACACCCAAUUAACGCAACAAACCAGUGGCUGCUCUGUGGAACAGCUCGAACAGAUCCACACCUACUUGAUGGACAGUAUCUGGAAGAAGCGUGGAGAAUGGGACCGGACCAAAGUCGCUGGUCUUGUUAAAGACCUAUUCCUUGAAGUCUUGCAGGACAUGCAAAGCAACCAGUUGUUCUCGUCGAUGAGCCAGCAAACUCGGGAACAGCUAGCUGUACAGCAAACAGGGUAG